GUCCAGCGUUGCCAGGUGCCAUGGAAGUGAGAAAGAAAAAAGAGCAACAGAAUCGCAAUCGAAAUUAAAUGAAGAAACAACAAUAAAAGAAACGCUACUUUGUAGUAUUAUUAACCAUUAAGCGCGCCGCGCUCACAAAGUUUCUGACAGCGAACGGCGGCGGUUGUCUUUUCUGCGAGUGAGCGGACCGGAGUGUUAUUGUUUACAUUCUGAUAGAACGAACGACAACAGUAUCGAAUAACAACAACAAUGAAACAUGCAAAUAAAAUGCAUGUAAAACGGCGCAAAUAAAUGAUUUAAAUUUAAACCACGAUACGAUGACCAUUUAAAAUAGCAGGAAGAAACAAAAGAAUUUAAAAAGCUCAAAAGAGAGGCAAAGAAAGUAAAAAAUCAGGCCAAACCGAUUUGUUUUUUCUUUUUUUUUGUGGUGUGGCUUCAGUUGGUUUUCUUUUUUGCGCAAGAAUAACAAAUGAAACACAGCACUUGAAAUGGAAUUCCUAGAGAACCUGAACAAAACGCUGCAGAGCCUUCUGUCCUCCUACAUCGAUCUGGAUUACUCACUAUGGCUAUAUCGUUUUUUGACCCCGCUAAUUGUCACCUUUCUACUGCCUCUGGUCUUCGUGGCCCUCAUUUACAUUUCGUUUCUGGUGCUUUUUAUCUACAAGUUGCACAGGCAGGUGAUUAUGCGAGCAGUACAAGGUGAUCGCAACUUCUGGCGGGUUGGUCGGAAGAUUGUGGCAGCUAUUUGGGAUGCCCAUGCCCGGAUUUACCAUGGCUAUGAGGUGAUCGGCCUAGAGAAUGUGCCCCAGGAGGGUCCGGCGCUGAUUGUUUACUACCACGGUGCAAUACCCAUCGACAUGUACUAUCUGAACUCAAGGAUGCUGCUGCAGCGCGAGCGUUUGAUAUACACGAUUGGUGAUCGGUUCCUGUUUAAGUUGCCCGGAUGGGGAACCAUUUCGGAGGCAUUUCACGUCAGUCCCGGUACAGUACAAUCAUGCGUUAGCAUCCUACGGGAUGGUAAUCUACUAGCCAUUUCACCGGGCGGCGUCUAUGAGGCGCAGUUUGGUGAUCAUUAUUAUGAGCUACUGUGGCGGAAUCGAGUGGGAUUCGCCAAGGUGGCCAUCGAGGCGAAGGCCCCGAUCAUUCCGUGUUUUACGCAGAAUCUGCGUGAGGGCUUCCGACAGGUAGGCAUCUUCCGGACGUUCUUCAUGCGGCUGUACAACAAGCUGCGCAUUCCGGUCUACCCAAUCUACGGCGGAUUCCCCGUAAAGUUUCGAACGUUCCUGGGCAAGCCAAUUCCUUAUGACGAAAACUUAACGCCGCAGGAUCUUCAGAUUAAGGUGGCCACAGCUAUAGAGGAGCUGAUCAAUCGCCAUCAGCGGUUGCCGGGGAGCAUUCUGCUGGCCUUGCUUGAUCGCCUGCCGGCCUUUAGGAGGGGCUUUAAGAAGAAAGAUGAGUGAUCCCGAUCGAGGUCCGCUCGCGUUAAUCCCAUUUCUGUAUAGAGUAUAGAGAGAUUAACAGAUUGACUUUGGUUUUAGCCAUAUAAAGACUUUGUUCCGUGUACUUCAUGAUGUAUAGGCAGCGCCAUAUAUAUCUCUGUAGAUCAUACUUACAUAUAUGUAUCGAAAAUAAUCUUUGUAAAUGUCUCCCAGCCCCCUUGAAUGCUUCCUAUACUUUUUUUUUUUUUGUUUUUUUGUUAGUCACAUCCAAAGUUCACUGAAAUCUGUACGCGUAUUCGCUUUAAAAAAAUACACGUAGACCGUAUAAAAGUUUUAAUUAGCCCUAAAGUAAGAAUAAUCAGACCUACACUUGAGUCAAACACCGAACAAAGACAAGCUCUACCUUAAUAUAUUUUAUAUAUCGUUUUUUGAGAAGAGAAAUACCCUAACCAAUUUGUUUUCUUCCUUUUUAGUGUAAUUUUAGACACAUUAAAAAAUUAUAUAAUUAGUUUUGCAUUAAGUAUAUUGUGCAUAUAUCAUUUUUGUACCUUUUUUAUGCAUAAAAAAAGAUAACGAUGAAAAGACGAAAUAUAUUUCUGCCUGUGAGUGUAUGCAUUACUGUAAGUGUGUGCGAUUGUGUGUACUAUAUAGUUAAGGAAAUCGUGUAUAAUAUAGAUGUAAUAUCGGAGUAUUCCAAGUGACAGGAAUUAUCGAAAGAAAACGGAAAUAAAUACUUAAAAAACAA